AUGAGUUUAUCCUAUGUAUUAACGCAAGAUUACUAUUCAGACUAUCCGAAUGAUUACACUGGAGAUUACAGUAAUAAUUAUGAUAAUACCUAUAAUAAUAAUUAUUAUAAUGAUUAUGAUUACAACUCAGGCGGUAAAGCAUACGGUAAAGAUAAAAGUGGUAAAGUAAUCACUAAAGGAAAAUUUCUUGCCAUUGGAAAAUCUGAUAAAGGCUCAAAUUAUCAUCAAAUUACAACUUUUCAUAAAGGCAGUAAAUCGAAGAGAAAAUUUUCAAAUUAUGAAACUAAAGGUAAAGUGUACAGUUAUGGAAGACAAAAGUUGAAAGCGAAAUUCGGCAUAGAAAGUCGUCUGAAGGGUAGAAGUAAAUUUGAUGGAGUUGGAAAAUUCAAUGGUUAUGAUAACGAUAAUUGGCCAACACAGUAUGGAUACAGUGGAGAAGGCUCAAACACAGCUGAAAGUUUUAUACCGAAUAGUGGAUCUGGUUAUUCACCAUUAACUUAUGCUGAUUAUGCUGCUUAUCAAGGCAGUGAAGGAGGCAAGGGAGAAGGCGGUGAAGGACAAGCACCAACAGAUUAUCAAACCUAUGAUUAUACUAAUUAUAAUAAUAAUGAAGGUGAAUAUGGACAGACGCCGAAUGACUAUGAAGCUGAAGGGGAAUCGUACAACGGUGACAGUGGUGAUUAUUACAAGUACUGA